AUGAGCAACAUUCGCAGCCAUCAGGGAAGCUACGGACCAACUGACGGACCAAGAUCUUCGUGCCCAUCUGUUCGACUCGACAGUUCUUCCAGCGCUCUGUUACGCAGCGAAGCAGACACCGCUGCCACGUCUAGGAAGCUAUUUACUACCCACAGAGCCCUUGAGAGAUGUCUCCUGAAGUUUAACCGGCGCACACAACACCUUGGUCACAUCAUGAGAAGAAUCGACGAUAGAUGGGCUAAAAGAACGCUAGAGUGGAUCCCAAGGGACGCUAAACGCCCCCGAGGGAGACCGCCAACGAGAUGGGGUGACGUAUUCGCUGCACGGAUGGACCAGCUGAGAGCUCAGCUGGAUACGGCUCAAGGACCUCGUCAACGUCACUCACGAAGCUUGAGGACAUCUUGGAUGACAAUGGCGAGGGAACGAAACGAGUGGAAGAGAUGCUGGGGCCCGCACGUCCAGUGA